AUGCCGCUCAUAGUAUUGACCGGCUACCCCUGCUCCGGCCUCACCUACCGCGCCCACCAACUCGCGACGCAGCUCGAAGAGACCCAAACCGAGCUCUUCAACACCGGCGCUCUCCCCUCCUCGAAACCCCGCUACAAGAUCCACGUUGUGCCUACUCAUGAUCCCUCCCAUCCGCGAACCGUUUACGACCAUGCCCGCACAGAAAAGGAGACACGGGGCGUGGCAUAUGCGCGGGCGAAGCGCGCGCUCGGCAAAGACAGCUUCGUGAUUCUCGACGGAAUGAACUACAUCAAAGGAUACCGUUAUCAGCUGUGGUGUGAGGCGAAGGCACUGGGAACAACAUGUUGCGUGGACACCUCCAAUCCUAACGCCGAAGCGACACCAUCCACCACCGAACCCACCUCCGACCAAGAAGACCCCUACCCACCGGAACUCCUGAACAACCUCAUCUUCCGCUACGAAGAACCCAGCAUCCACAGCCGCUGGGACAAGCCCCUCUUCACCCCCGCCUCCAUAUCAAACCUCACCUCAGCCCUCAAUACCACCUCUCUCUCCUCAGCAGCAAGCACCACGACCACAACAGCUACCCCCUCCACAUUCCGCACCAACCGUCCCAAAAUCAAACCCCACCAAGCAACCGCCCUCCCCGCCGCCACAGACUCCACAGCCCUCUACAACAUGGAAAAGCGCACCUCAGCCAUCGUCUCCGCCAUCCGCACCUUCACGCUCUCCAACCCCUCCGCUGAAGCCGCCCUCGCGCAGAGCCAAGACGGCAGCAGCAGCAGCAGUGGACGGGGAAUAACCAUCCCCGUCCCGGAGGCGUCCAUGCCCGUUUAUGUUCCGGCGCAUGUGGCGACGUCCGGCACGACGGAUGAAUUAGCCGGCGCGGGCGGCAUCCUGGCGCUGCCGAGACUGCAGCGGUUGAGGAGGCAGUGGAUUGCGUUGAAUCGGGCGUAUGUGCAGGGGGCGCAUGCGUCGAGUAAGGGCGGGUUGAGUGCGGAGCAGGUUCCUGAUGCGUUUGUGCGGUUUUUGAAUGCGGAGUUUGGGGCGGAGAGUGACUAG